UUUUUUUUUUGUCCAGUCACUAGUAAUAAUGUCACUUGCACGGUUCUUCAAGUUCAUAACCUAUAUCCGUAUUCUGCUUUAUAUUCUUGCUUUUAUUCUUGGCUUGUAUCUCAUACAAGUGUUCACAACACAAAAUCCGCCCGUAGAAACAUUCCAACCAUCUACGUUACCUUGGUAUAAAUAUCCUCAUGCCUCUAUUAGUCAUCUGCAAUCCAGUCGACAUAAUACAGUACAUUUAUCUCAACUUGAGCGUGAGCGAUUAAGUCAAAGAAUGGUUCAAAGGGCACAACAAGUAGUACGUCAAGAAUUUAUGCCCACAGGGAUCAGAGGCUCCAUCUAUAAAGAUGAUUUAAAGGGUAGUGCAGCCUUUCGUGAAUUAGUGGAUUGUUGGACGAAUGGCAGUUGGGUUCAGGGACAACCUUCUUUUACAAUGUCCCAUUUCCAAGAUCCCUUAUAUGGGUAUUGUGAUCGUAAGCAUAAAAAGAUGCAUCCGACUGAACCACGUCCUGCCACCCAAUACAAGUGGCAAUCAUCGUGCCCCAUGGCAUUAGUCAAUGUAUCACGAUGGUGUGAGGUAUUGAAUGGACACCAUCUAUUACUCGUAGGUGAUUUAGUCCAAUAUCAAUUACAUGAAGUAUUUUUAGAUACCCUUAGAGAGGGACCAGCGAUUUGUUUUGGUGAGCUUAAUUGUAAGGAUCAUACAUUGUGCAAUGGUGAUACACGUUUGCGUUAUUUAAGAAAUGAUGUCUUGUCAGUACGUCGCAAAAUGAAUUAUAAUGAUGGACAGCCAAUAGCGAAUGUCAUUGAAUGGCCAUUUACAUCUUCUUCAUUGAUGCGUAGAUACCCUACCGUUAUAUUGAAUCGAGCACCUGUACUUGAAACAGAUGAAGAUUUUAUGAAGGGGUUGAUACGUACAUUAAAGACAAUGAGAAAACAAAAUCCAGACGCCUUGAUUAUUUAUAGAUCGACUGGCAUUGGACAUCCAUUUUGCGAUGAAGCCACAGAACCGUUAACUGAGAUGUUAAAUGAUAACGAACUAAAGGAAUUGCCAUUUGGAUGGAGUGAAGUCCAACGACGUAAUGCAAUCGCUCGUGUGAUUAUUGAGGGUGCUGGUGGGUUAUUUGUUGAUUUGGCAAAGGUAACGGAUGUAAGACCUGAUGGACAUGUCGGAGGUCAAGAUUGUUUAAGGUACUGCAUACCUGGCCCGCUCGAUGGCUGGGCUCAAAUUCUCUAUCAGGUCUUUUUAGGUUUAGAAGGAAAGCACGUGUAAAAAAAAAAGGGAUAGUUACAUAUGUGAAACUGAUGAACAAGACUUUUAUUGUUAUUUCUCUUUUUUUUUUUCUUUUAAAAAAAAACAAACAGAUAUUAUAUGUAUAAAAAAGUCAAAAAAAAAAAAAA